AUGGAAAUUUUAUCAAAGCUUCAGGGCAAUGAUGCGGAGGUACCAACGGCAGAGCUUGCUGUUGUAGCAACAUGGUACAUAUGGUGGCAGCGCCGACAGAUAGUAAAGGGAGUCAAAGUCCAAACGCCGGAAAAAACUGCACUAGCCAUCAAGGUUUUGGCGACAAAUUACCUCAGGUCAACUAUACCCAAAGGACCAAUACGUAAGAACGACCACAUGUGGAGGAAACCAGGAUAUGGGAUCGCGAAGAUAAAUGUUGAUGCUUCCUUUCAGUAUGAAACACUUUCAGGUGCUUGUGGUGCUGUGGCUCGGGACUACCGAGGUGAUUUUAUUGCUGCAGCAAGUUGGUUUGUUCCAAACAUCAGUGGAGUUGACUCAGCUGAGCUAACUGCCAUCAGAAACGGGAUAUACUUGGCAACUCACAUUGGAUGCAACAAUAUAGAAAUUGAAUCAGAUUGUUCGUUUGCAGUGAACUCGCUGAACCAAGUUGAUGAUUAUUUAGGCCCGGAGGUAGCUAUCAUCACAGAGUAUAAACAACUUAUGAUGGACUUUGCGUCCAUAUCCUUCAGACAUUGUUAUAGAGAGGCCAAUCAGGUGGCAGAUGAAUUAGCAAAGAACACUUUUACUACUAGAUCCUCUAGUUCUUGGGAUGAUGAGAUCCCUGAUUUUAUUUCUCAUCUGCUUGUAAAUGACAUGUCUAUUAUUUGA